AUGCAGCCAGAAGUUAAACGUAAACGGGGCAGACCGCGCAAAAAUCCAAAUAUCGAUGUGAGUUCCCCAAAGCGUAUUCGACUCAACCUGAAAGGUAAAGCAAAAAAAAUCGAUAAAAUAUUGUCACCAAAAGAUACAGAUAAGAUACAAACUCCGGAAAGUAAUGAUGAAAUGCAUCAGACAGACACACAACAGGAGGUUGUUAGUGGUGAAGCACAGUCAUUAGUGUCUACUCAAGAGGACGAAAUAUUGGAUGAAAAAGGCGAGCAAAAAAUCACCAAAGAUGGUGAACUUUUGGGUGGUCGAAAAUUCAAAGUACCAGUUUUCCAAUUGCCUGCUCGCGGAGAAACUUGGUACAUGUGUUCCAUGGAUCCAUCUAAAGUCCUUGGAUUUCGUGAUAGUUAUACAUUUUUUACAAAAAAUUCAUCAUUAACGAGGAUUACUGCAACAAAUGAAGAACGUGAUUAUUUGAUUACUACUGGGCUUAUUCCAACAAAUCUUCGAAGUAGGCCAAUUUCUCUUGUAUCUGCCAGAUCGAUUUUCAUGUUAUUUGGAUCGAAAAUUAUUCAAGGUGGUAAGAAGCGACUAGACGAUUAUUAUGAAUCCAAAUUCGAAGCAGAGGCAAAUGAUAAUGACCAAAACUCUGAGACAGAAAGCACUAAUAACGUUCUUUCCAAACGCAUGAUCAACAAUUUUAAUACUCGAUUAAAACUUUGUCGAAAAGAUGGUAUUAAAUUUUAUGAUCCUCAUACCAACAUUGAGCAAGUCCCUCGAGACAAACAACCCACAAGAAUUCGAACGGAAUUGAUAUCAUUAACAAGGAAACACACGAUUAUCGAAUCAGAAAUCAAGUUUGAUACAGUUUCUAGGAAUCCGCUUGGAGUACUUAAACCAGAAGUUAUGAAUGUUUUACCACCGGAUAUUCGAAAAAAUGUUGAAAUUAUGAAUAACGAAGAGAUUGCAGUACAUAAAGAGAAUGAAUAUCCUAUUGCAUUGAUGAAAGGACAAUUCCAAGCUUCAUAUCCAUUGCAUAAUUCAAGAUUUCAGCCUGAUCCUUCCACUAAAGCACCCAAAUUUACGGCACCAUAUAUUUCUGCCACUUCUGCAGCAACUAAUGAGGAUCAAUUUUAUAAUCAGAACAAUAACCAGAAUAUAAAGGGUAGCUUGCAAUUUAGCAAGGCGAACCCUCAAUACAUCUGUGCGGUUAUAACUGCAACUACCGGAAUGCCAUGCAGGCGUGCAGUGACGGCAAAUGGGGAAAGAUGUAUGUAUCACAGGAAUACACCAAGUGUGACCUGUCACACUGAUGGAAAUUCCAAUCCUGAAUCUGGAGCUUCGCAUUUGGCUCAGCAAACUGUCGUGACAGAAUCAUGUGCAACUACGACAGAUUCUAACGCACAACCUCUUACCAUUCCUACGGAUACCGUUCCUUCGGAGGAUGCUUGUGCACAGUGUUUAUCUGCUACUGCUCCCCCGACAACGAUUCCACCUGAUGGCGUAUUACCAUGCCCAAAUGAUUAUACUAUCAAAUGUUCUAAUUGUCACCGCAAAUUUCAUCCGCUCUGCUUGACCCUUUCAUAUUCAAGACUUCCAAGGCUUUUGAUAGCGAUGGAAAGCUACCAAUGGCAAUGCAACGAUUGCAAAACAUGUGUUGUAUGUCGGUCUUCUGGUGACGAGGCGACAUUGUUGAUUUGUGAUGACUGUGACCGUGGUUGGCACCUUGAUUGUAGCUCACCGAAAGUAACCCAAGUACCAAGCGAGCUUUGGUUAUGCUCACUUUGUGCGCAAUGUAAUGCGUGUGGUGAGAAAGCGGCAUCUUUAAAUGAUGCAGCAAGUAAUUAUCAUCAUGUCAAAACAACAGAGGCAGCAAAUUAUCCGAUUUAUUUAGCUACUAUUUGCAAUAAAUGCCAAACCAAUUUCGUGAGAGAUUUAUUUUGUCCAGUGUGCCUUAAAACCUAUACAGAAGAUGGACAAGAAAAUGAUGACGACAAAUAUAUGGUCUGCUGUGAUGGAUGCGAUCGAUGGAUUCACACUAGGUGUGAUGCGACUCUCACACCUGAAAAAUAUCAAGAAUUGGCGGAUAUUCCAGACGCUAAAUAUAUGUGUCCAUUGUGUGAGGGUCGUAUUCGACCACUAGAAGAAGGAAACAAGCAGCAAAAAAAAGCUUUGUCAGGGAAUCCUUUAGCUACACCUGUUGCAGUGACACCAAGUCACCCCAUUCGAGGUAUCAUAAGUUUCAAGGGAAAGAAUGUAGCCGUACCGGAGAUUCGAGGAUGGGAAAAAAAAUUAAGGCAUAUUAUUUGGUCAUUUCUUAUAAUUAACAUGGCUUAUUUAUAG